AUGGGAGUUCCGAAAUUCUACCGUUGGACUUCGGAGCGAUAUCCGUGUCUGAGUGAGGUGAUCAAUGAGUCUCAGAUACCCGAAUUCGAUAAUUUGUAUCUGGAUAUGAAUGGAAUCAUCCACAAUUGCUCACAUCCAAAUGAUGAUGAUGUCACGUUUAGAAUCACGGAGGAAGAGAUAUUCAUCAAUAUUUUUGCUUACAUUGAAAAUCUCUAUAACUUGAUCAGACCUCAAAAGGUGUUCUUCAUGGCCGUUGACGGCGUGGCUCCACGAGCCAAGAUGAAUCAACAAAGAGCGAGACGUUUCAUGUCUGCUCGUACUGCUAAUUCUCAAAUGGAAAAAGCAAUCGCGAAUGGCGAAAUUUUACCUACAGAAAAGCGGUUCGAUUCGAAUUGUAUUACUCCGGGUACUUAUUUUAUGACUCGCCUUCACAAUAAACUUGAUGAAUGGAUCAAAAAGAAGUCAGCUUCGGAUUCUCAUUGGCAAGGACGGAAGAUCAUUCUCAGUGGCCAUAAUGUUCCUGGAGAAGGAGAGCACAAAAUCAUGGACUUUAUUCGUACCGAGCGGGCGAAAUCAGGAUAUGAUCCUAACACUCGUCAUUGUAUGUACGGUCUAGAUGCUGAUCUCAUUAUGCUAGGAAUUGUCUCACAUGAACCGCAUUUCUCGUUGCUUCGGGAAGAAGUUACAUUCAAUUCACGUCCAAGAAAGAAUGAACAGAAAAACAAGAAACCAAAACGAACCGAUUCAGAUGUCAAAACAUUCCAUUUACUGCAUUUGUCACUCCUCAGAGAGUAUCUGGCAUGGGAGUUCGCUGAUGUUAAGGAGUCUCUUCCAUUUGCUUACGAUAUGGAACGAAUUGUAGACGAUUGGAUUAUGAUGGGUCUUCUUGUUGGAAACGAUUUCCUUCCACAUCUUCCGAGUAUUCAUAUUCAUGAUGAUGCUCUUCCCCUUCUCUACUCGACCUACAAAAAGGUUUUGCCUACCCUCGAUGGAUACAUCAACGAAUCUGGCUACUUGAAUCUGGCACGCUUCGAGAAGUUUUUGGAACAGCUUUCGUUGAACGAUAAAAAUUCGUUCAUGGACAAACUAGAAGAUGAACAGUUCAUGGAAUCGAAAAAACUUCGUCCGUCUCAAAACGACAUUUUUCAAGAGGCAUCGGUCGAAGAAGAGCUCGUCGCUUUCGAAUCAUCAGAUAUUGAAAGUGAUGCAGAAGAUAAAGAUGACGAAAAAAAUGAAACCGAUGAAAACGGUGACGAUGACGCCGCAUUCGUUAGUGAUCACGAAGAAGAAAACGAGUCAGAAGAUAAAUUGAGCGGGAAAGAGCUCUCCUCUGAAAACUCCGAUGAUGUUCUUUUGGAGGAAGAAUUCAAUGAUGAACUGGCUACACUUGCUUUAUCAGGAAUGGAUGAUGCCGAUUUUGCGAACAACGUUGAAGCGUGCUGGACUAAAACUUUAGACAAUCAAUUCAAGCGUCACAAAAAGUCGUACUAUUCCGAUAAACUUCGGUACAAAAACAUAUCCAAGACUGAACUUCGUGCACAAGCUGAAGGAUAUGUCCGAGCAAUUCAAUGGAAUUUACAUUACUACUAUCACGGAUGUGUUUCGUGGAGUUGGUUCUAUCCACAUCAUUAUGCACCGUUCAUUUCGGACGUUCGAGGAUUUGCGAACAUGAAAAUUGAAUUCGAACUUUCACAACCUUUCCAUCCGUUUGAACAACUUCUCGCUGUACUUCCAGAAGCAUCAGCCGAUUGUCUUCCAAAACCAUUACAAGAAUUAAUGUCAUCAGAUCCAACAAAGUCGAUGAUUCAUGAUUUUUAUCCUGCAAACUUUGAGACCGAUUUGAAUGGCAAACGAAAUGAUUGGGAAGCUGUCGUUUUGAUUCCUUUCAUAGAAGAAAAACGUCUCUUGGAGGCUAUCGAAUCGAAGAGAAAUCGACUGAGUAGAGAAGAAAAUAUGAGAAAUACUCAUGGCUGUCAUAUCGAAUGUAUUUCAACUCGUCAAGAUGACGGCCAAUGGAGCGUUAUUCGCUCGGAGCUUCCACAAGAAAUCUAUAGAAUACCGAAAGAACAAGUAAAAUGGGGACUACUUCCAAAUGUGAAAAUGGAUGUAUAUUUCCCUGGUUUCCCUACAAUGAAGCAUCUCAAUCAUUCUGGCCAGCUUAAAUUUGCCAACUGUAACAUCUUCGGAAUGGCAUCUCGUAAGGAAUCGAUGGUCCUCAAAGUGGAAAAUGAAAAAAGCGAAAAAGAUAUCAUUGAAUGGGGUUCCGAGUUGUGUGACGAAGAAGUUUGUAUCGAUUGGCCUAUUCUUAAAUUGGCGAAAGUUGACUCAAUAUGGGGAGGAGAGGACAAAAUAGUGAGAAAGUUACCCGGAGAUGAUGAGAUCAUAGUGAAAGAUAUGAAUGAGGAAGAAAAGCGUCAAUGGCAAGCUUACGUGAAUCAACUCACAGAGAGAUUGAUGAGUCGAUACGCUAUAGAAAUUGCUGGACAAAAAGAUUCGAAGGGAAAACACAUCAGACCCCCUAUUGCGUGGGUUCGCAAAUUCACUGGGUUGGUGUAUGAAACCAAAGAAGGAGAGGAUGGCUCAGCACCUACUCUGAAGGCUGUAAAACAGUGGUCGAGCCCACAAACACUGAUUCCAGUUUUGUUGCCUCUGGUUGUGAAAGAUGUUCUUCUUGAAAACGCACGUCUUCUUGCUGAUCUUCCAGUUCCUAUCGCUUAUCCACAGCAAUCUGUCGUCUGGAUCACAGACACCAGAGUGGCUCUUUACGGAAUGCCUGGAAUGGUUGGUGGUUACAGAAAUGAAAAAACUUCGAACUGUCAAGUUGACGUUGUUGGAAUGGUCUCCGAUAACAGAAUUGCAGUGAUGGAAGAAUUACGAAAACAAGUGGAUCAGAAAUCCCUCCGAUGGAUGGCUGGAUAUGAUUGCGCACGUCAAUGUCAAGUCGAUGUUCGUCUUUUUGCUCGAAUCACUGGAACAAUGUUCCUUUGGAAUGAACCACGUGCACGAGUAGAGAAAGGUCAACAAUUGUCAUCUGAUUCUAAAAUCAAUUGCGGAUUAUGUUUGAAAUUCUCGAAAAGAGAUAUGUGCGUGGCUGAUUAUACUGAUCGCACUGAACAUACAAACCACAAAGGAAUGACAACCCGAGUGUGGUCGUACACUAAUCUGACAUGCCGACUGAUCACAGAAUACAAGAAAAAAUUCCCAGAAUUGUGGAGACAUCUGGAAUCAGCUUCAUCGACUCAAAUGGACGAUGUCUAUUACGCUGAAGACAUUUGGGCGGAAAAAGUUCGUGAUCAUAGAUUCGGAGAACUGAAAGAGUUCUUGGACAAUCUUCCUAGCCGUGAUGCAGAGCAAUUGAAGUGUGGGACGGUUUAUGUCGACCGACAAAUGAUUACUGAAGUUGAGAAAGUAAUUAGUGCAGACCCCGUAAAAAAGCCAGUUAUGGGCCGAUUUUAUGUUUCGCCUUCUAUUCUCUUCCGAUAUGAACUGUACGAUGGAAAAGUGCAAGCGGAUUCGGAAGUGGAGUUUUUGAUUCUCGACCGCGUAUCAAUAAUGUCUUCUGAUACGAAAGUUCCGAAAGUUGUCCAAGGAACCGUUGUUGGUAUUCAUGACGACAAAAUUGAUGUUCUGUUCGAUAGAGAGUAUGAAGGCGGAUCAAAAGUCCGCGGUUCCCGCCUUACUUCGGCGUUCCGUGUUCCUCGUACCGCUCUUUUCAAUAUUACUUUUGGUCUGAUUAGAAAAAAUGAUAAAAAUAAGAAGAAGGUAGAUCAAGCAUUUGAUGGCGCAUAUACUCCAUUGCCGCAGAAAAAUUCCAAGCAUCAACAGAAAAAUAAUGAUUGGCAGCCAUCGACUUCAACACCGUCCACUUCUAGUUCUUAUUCAAAUUCAAAGAAUCAGAAGAACAAUUCCAAGAAAGAUAAUCAGAAACAAUCAAAGAAAGAGAAAAAGUCCGAAAAUAAUGUGAUGAAGCGAAAUAGUGUAGAAACACCCGAAGCUCUUACUAAUUCGUUGAAUAAACUUCUGAAAAUUAAGUCUGGAAACCCUCAAGCUGCAGCAGCGUCGUCGUCUUCUGCAACAUCUUCUGAAGUACCUACUACUUCAGGAAAGCAAGUAUCUCUCAUGGAGUUGCUCGGAGGGUCAACAUCCAAGAAAAACACACAAUCUGGACCUCAAAUGCUGAAGAAGCCUGAUGGAUCGAAGAACUUGGAAGAUAUUGAAAUGAGCAACAAGAAUCAAAAACAAGAAAAGAAACCGGCAAAUUCAAUUCUUCAGCAACUAUCUGAUGCUCAAAGCAAUUCGAAGAAACAAAAACAUCAGAAGAAUCAGAAAGAAAAGAAGUCGGAUGAUUGGCAAAAGAAAAGCGACGUUUCAAAAGCUUCGAAAUCUUCCAAGAAUUCAAAAGAUAAUAACAACCAGAAACCGAAAGUUGAAAUUUUGCGAAAGACAUCUCCAACACAACAAGAGCAGCAACACGCUAUACACCAAACUCAUCCAGAACAACAACAACAUGCUCCACAAUUCAAGACUUCGUCACCUCAGCUUGCUCAUCCACAACCGUCUGGUCCAUUCGUGAUGUCGCCUCCAAAUUUCAACUUCAGUGUUCCACCACCAGCUCAUUUCAAUCAGCCUCCUAUAGCUAUGUUCCCCGGAAUGGUUCAAAUGACACCGAUGGGACUGCAAAUGGCUCCUAUUGGAAUGGUAGGACAACACAAUCAACAUAACAUGGGAUAUGAUAACAGACGUCACAACCCAACGUUGACUGAUUUUAAGCCAUCAGCUAUAUCUCGUCGACCCAACCAUCGUUCUACUAAUCAACCACCGAAAGUGACAAUGAUCACAAAACGAAAGACGGUGACCCCACCACCUCUUCCGGCAGAAGUAGAUAAAUCAGUAGAGAAUAAAGCUAACACACCACCGGCCAGUUCCGAGGAAAAAUCGAAAAAGCCACGAAAGAAGAAGCAAUCUCGUCUGGGAGUCAACUUCUGCAAUCCAUCCCCAUCUACUUGA